AUGGGAAAAUCCCCGAAGGGGAAGGGCUCCAAUGGAAAAAGCAACUCACCCGGCAGUAAGGGUUCAAAGGGCAAAAAUGUCCCGGAAGAGCCUCCAGUCGAGCGGGGCAUGCAAACCGACUCUGGCGGCUUCUGUUACCUGUGCUGCGUGGAUUUCAGUGAUGGUGCCGCCAUACAAGCCCACACGCUACUGAUGGACCACAGACCCCCCUACGACAUCAGUCAUCAGCACUGUAGAGGCUGCAAAGACACCGUUUUUAUGAAAUGGACUGAAAAACACAAGUGCGCCCUCGCUAAGGCUGCCUACCUACGUCAUGUCAGCUCCAAUGUCUCGCUGCCUGGCGGUCCACCCUACAGAUGCCUUUUCUGUCGCAGCCGACCUUUCAGUUCACGCAUCGAAUUAACUGUCCACCUGCUGGUCUAUCAUCGACCCGCAAGGCAACCGGGGGCUCUGGAGUCCAGGAGGACCUACGAUCCGGUUCCCGAGCUACUCAAUGAAGACUUUUCCGCGGAAGCUAUCGCAGCCAUGCUGGCUGCACAGACGGGGGGCGACGACAAUUCCAAGUCUUCGAAGAGCAAAUCAGGAAAGGACAAGAGUAAGGGGAAGGAUAAGUCUUCAUCGAAAAAGAAGAAGUAA